AUGGGGAAACCCUUGAGGCUGCUGGUAACUUGUGUCCCUGCAUCCAUUGUACUUAGUGCGCUUAUUGUGUACGCGACAAGGAGUCGCUUCACGUGUGAAGUGACUGGGAUUGACAAUAACCAGGACCAGAGAAAGGUGGAUGAACACGAUGUUCAGGAAGGAGUCGCUCUUGACACAAACAGCAUCACUCUCGAAGGCAGCCUGAUGGUGCCUUCCCACUCAGGAAAGGAUGAUCUCCGUUCCAACAGUACAUGGAACCCCUGUACAUUUCACACCUGUUUCAACCUAGAGAAAUGUCCAUUCACUCACCCAUUCGCCACCUAUGUGUAUGAUGAUCUGCUUACGUCUUCCUCGAACGAAAAUCCAUUUUCUCCUCAACUUUUAGUAGAUGUCUUGAAGGAGACAGUAUUCUUUGGAACAGAGAAAGUGAAAGAGAAAACGUUGGCCACCUGGAGACACAAAUUCACUCCCUGGCACAGUGGGGGGAAUAUGGCGAAAACCACAUUCUGGUUGAGCUUUCCACUGACCAGCCGCAGCAUGCUGGAAGGUGUUUCAACAGGAAAGGCUAUCAUUGCACGGAGUGUCAUCUCACCAGCCAAGCCGUUCAGUACAGGCUUUGACAUCCUUCUCCCUCCACUCAGGACGGCAGAGGCAGACUCGAUGGAUUUGCUAUCCCCUCUCCUUCCUGUCUCCCGAGAAACUUUUAUCCACUUCCACGGAGAACACUCUCCACAUCAACACCCAGGCUCUGGUGCUAUCACUCCACAACACAUCAGAAGUCUCCAGCAGCUCUUAAAAGGUAAAGAAAGAGUGAACAUUCAGCUCCAGUGCCAACAGCCAGCCACCGGGAAGACAAAGAGGGCAGUGGAGGGCAGUGGAUGUUGUGUGGAGACCAGAAAUCUCGACUUGAGCUCUGUUCCAAGUCUAUGUUCUCCCUCGUCCCAAGUCCAGGUGGCCCUAACGCUGGAACAGGAGUCGGUAUCUAUACUAGACUGAUAGAGUCUCUGAUGUGUGGCUCUAUACCAGUUGUCGUUGGAGUAGGGGUUCUCCCAUUUGACGAAGUAAUUGACUGGAGUCGGGCAGGACUCAUCGUUCCUUCUGGCCGGUACUCUGAUAUCCUCCACAUCCUGCGUAGUGUUAGUUCA